AAACGCAGUUUCUCGCAUCAGUUCUGCUAUAAUUCACUGGCCAGAGGAAGUCUCCUGCUUACGAUUAGAAAGCCAGGGAAGUCAUAGAGCCAACAGUAAGAAUCUCAGAUACACCAUUAUCUGGGUUUUGGCUUCUCCAUCAAUCUCCUCCUUUCCAUUUGCUUUCUUUAACAAAUUUUCGGCGAGAAAACUUGCAGAAAAUCAUCAGUCCCAGUCCCAAUUUUUUACAAAAAAGUCUGAAGAAUUUCCCUUUCUAAUCCUUAAAUGGUUUUAACUAAUCGUUUCUAAUCACUUUAAUGCUUGUUGGGUCAGCUAUAUGUAUGUAAUUCCCAUUGUAAACUUGGUUUUCUCUAUGCUGGUUGUACGUCCUCCAAGUUGAUGAAAAAAGUUCAACAAGAGGAACGGUUUCUUCUGUAAGUAACUUCCGCUGCUUGCUAAUCAGCGUAUGAUGAUAUUUAAGGCGUUUCUCCAGUUGGGUAAUUUUGAUGACAGACUAAUUUUUUCUUCAAGGUCUUUUGAUCUGGUUCGAAGAUUCUCACUUUGGUCAAUGAAGAAAGACCCAGAUCUUGAAACUUCUCUUUCGCGCAACCGGAGAUGGAUAGUGAAUAACCAGCUCAAGAACAUUAUACUGAGAUGCCCAAAUCAGGUGGCGCCAGUUAAAUAUCUCCAGAAGAAGUUUAAGACUCUUGAUCUUCAGGGAAAGGCUCUCAAUUGGCUUAAAAAAUACCCUUGUUGCUUUGAAGUUUAUCUCGAGAACGAUGAGCAUUAUUGUAGAUUAACAAAACGGAUGAUGAAUUUGAUUGAAGAGGAAGAGGCUGUGAAAGAUUCUCAGGAGCCAGUUCUUGCGGAGAGAUUGGCUAAGUUGUUGAUGAUGAGUGUGAAUAGGAGGCUUAAUGUUGUGAAACUCAAUGAGCUGAAACGUAGUUUUGGGUUUCCUGAUGAUUAUGUGAUCAGAAUUAUACCCAAGUACCCAGAUAGAUUUCGAGUUGUGAAUUAUAGUGGGAGGAAAAGUUCAAUGGAGAUUGAGCUUGUGUCAUGGGACAAUGAAUUAGCAGUUUCUGCAGUUGAAGGCUCUGCAAUGAUGCAGGGUUCUAGGCCUAGUUUCUCGUGUUCUUUGCCUUCGACAUGGGUGAAAUCAUGGGAGAGAUUUAAGGAGUUCAAUGCUAUUCCUUAUAUUUCACCUUACAUUAAUCCUAAAGAUUUUGUAGAGGGGUCAAAUGAGAUGGAGAAGAGAACAGUUGGCUUGGUCCAUGAAUUGUUGUCAUUGACACUAUGGAAAAAAUUGUCAAUUGUGAAGCUAGGCCAUUUUAAAAGAGAGUUUUGUUUACCAGAGAAAUUGAAUGCUUUGCUGCUCAGGCACCCUGGCAUAUUCUAUGUUUCAAAUAAAUAUCAAAUUUAUACUGUUCUCCUUCGAGAGGAUUACAGUGGGUCAGAAUUAAUUAAUAAGGAUCCUCUAGUGGCUGUGAAGGACAAAUUUGGGGAGUUAAUGCAGGAGGGUCUUUAUGAAUACAACCGAAGGCGAUACUUGGUGAAUAUAGAAAAGAAGAAAAAGAAGAAAGGUGUGGAUUUCAUGAGGUUGGAGAAAAAAAGGAAAAAUGUAAAUUCUGAAAAUUCAGACCAAGAUAAUACUGGGGAUAAACUAGGUGGUUUGUUUGAUUCAGAAGAAAGGAAAAGGUUUUAUAAGGUUCUUUUUGAUGAUGAUUCCCGGUGAGAUUGAGCUCAGGAAAAAGCAGGCACGUUUCCUUUGGUAAUCCUCGAUCCCAAUGGCACAUGAGGAACUGGUUGAUCAAAAGAAGUAUCUUGAGGAGUCUUGCAAAAACAAGUGUGUGAAGCCUUUAAUUCAGUAUGAGGUUUGUGUUAAGAGGAUUGAAGGUGAUGAUGGUGGCAAGCAUUGUACGGGGCAAUACUUUGAUUACUUCUCUUGUGUUGAUAAAUGCGUUGCUCCAAAAUUGUUUGCAAAACUGAAGUAACUCUGGAGAGUUGCUAAUGUAACUUUCUUGUUUAGGUUCCUCUCUUCAGUAUCAGCAUAAGGCCAAGUGAUCCUUAGGCCAGUUUUGCAAUCAGAACCAUUCGAUAUUGUUCUCACGUGCCGCCUUAUUUGGAUACAGUUCAUAAAGAAUACACUUGUCUUCAACUCUUUUCCCAAUUUCCA